AUGAAGGAGGAGAGCACAUAUGUAAAGACAAACAUGUCUUUUUUUUUAAUCUGUUUGGUGGUUUUCCUGGGUGAUUGCUUUGGAUGUCAGCAUCAUCUCUGUCAGUGCUCUGACAGGAUAUUCAUCUGUCAGGAGAGCAAAGUGAUCCAGAUUCCUCAGGACAUUCCCAGGAACUCUACUGAACUGAGAUUUGUCCUCACCAAGGUGAGAGUCAUUGCAAAAGGAGCUUUCUCAGGACUUGGUGACCUAGAGAAAAUAGAGAUCUCCCAGAAUGAUGCCUUGGAAGUCAUCGAAGCUAAUGUGUUUUCCAACCUUCCCAAACUACAUGAAAUAAGAAUUGAGAAAGCAAAUAACCUUGUGUACAUUGACCAAGACGCCUUCCAGAAUCUUCCUAGCCUCAAAUAUCUGUCAAUAUCAAACACUGGCAUUAAGUUUUUACCUACUGUACAUAAGCUACAAUCUCUCCAGAAAGUUGUAUUAGAUAUUCAAGAUAAUAUAAAUAUACGUACAAUUGAAAGGAAUUCCUUCAUGGGCCUGAGUUCUGAAAGUGUCAUUAUACGACUGAAUAAAAAUGGAAUUCGGGAAAUUCAGAAUCAUGCAUUUAAUGGAACCCACUUGGAUGAGCUAAAUCUUAGUGAUAAUCACAAUCUAGAAAAAUUACCUAAUGAGGUUUUCCAAGGAGCCAAUGGCCCAGUUGUUCUGGAUAUUUCAAAGACAAGAAUCAGUUUCCUGCCUGCCUAUGGAUUAGAAAAUAUUAAGAAGCUAAGAGCACGAUCUACCUACAAUUUAAAAAAGCUGCCUGCCUUAGAGAACUUUGUUGCACUGAUUGAGGCUAACCUCACCUAUCCUAGCCAUUGCUGUGCAUUCACAAGUUGGAAAAGACAAAUUUCUGCAUUGCAUCCAAUAUGUAAUAAAUCUGAUGUCAUGCAAGAUGCUGAUGAGCAGCCUGCGGACAGGGUGCACAGAAGAUCUGCAGCUGAGGAUUACAUUUCCAACUACAUAGGUUUUGACUCACUAGAAAAUGAAUUUGACUUUGACUACGGCUUAUGUAAUGAAGUAGUACAUGUGGCUUGCUCUCCUAAGCCUGAUGCCUUCAAUCCUUGUGAAGAUAUCAUGGGAUACAAUAUUCUCAGAGUCCUGAUAUGGUUUAUCAACAUUCUAGCUAUCACUGGGAACAUCAUUGUGUUGGUUAUUUUAAUAAGCAGUCAAUAUAAACUCACUGUCCCUCGGUUUCUAAUGUGCAAUCUUGCAUUUGCAGACCUUUGUAUAGGCAUCUAUCUGUUGUUGAUUGCAUCUGUAGAUAUACAGACCAAAAGCCAGUAUUACAACUAUGCCAUAGACUGGCAAACUGGUGCAGGAUGCAGUGCUGCAGGGUUUUUCACUGUGUUUGCGAGCGAACUUUCAGUUUACACACUGACUGUGAUCACUCUGGAAAGAUGGCAUACAAUCACCUAUGCCAUGCAACUGGACCGCAAAGUUCGAUUUCGGCACGCCGUGGUUAUUAUGAUUUUUGGUUGGAUGUUUGCCUUCACUGUGGCCCUUCUUCCCAUAUUUGGAGUCAGCAGCUACAUGAAAGUCAGCAUUUGCUUGCCCAUGGAUAUAGAAACACCCCUUUCCCAGGCUUAUAUCAUAUUCCUUUUAGUACUGAAUGUUCUUGCAUUUAUGAUCAUCUGUGCCUGUUACAUCUGCAUCUACUUUACAGUGAGAAACCCUAAUGUCAUCUCUUCAAACAGUGACACCAAAAUUGCCAAGCGCAUGGCUAUACUGAUCUUCACCGAUUUUCUGUGCAUGGCACCAAUAUCUUUUUUUGCAAUAUCGGCAUCACUCAAGCUUCCUCUCAUCACUGUGUCCAAAUCCAAGAUCCUCCUGGUUUUGUUCUACCCUAUCAAUUCAUGUGCCAAUCCUUUCUUGUAUGCAAUUUUCACAAAGACCUUCCGCAGAGAUUUCUUCAUUUUACUGAGCAAGUUUGGUUGCUGCGAAAUGCAAGCCCAAAUUUAUAGAACAGAGACUUCCUCAUCUGUCCAUAAUUCCCAUAUGAGAAAUGGCCAUUGUACUCCAGCUUCUAAAACCAGUGAUGGAACUAUUUAUUCAUUAGUUCCUCUGAAUCACUUGAACUGA